AUGAGGCGGCUCUAUUCCCCGCUUCGGGAUUGCGUUUCCCCCCGCGAUGCCAGUGUCUCACCACGGUCGCGGGUCUUCAUCUACCUCGGUAUAGCAGUGACAUUACUGCUUCUAUCAUAUCAGCUGAUUCUCGACCGAUCACCGAAUAGAGGCAUAAGCUGGACAGCCAUUCAGGAUAUCGUGGCUGGCGAUGACGAACGCUUCGUUCUGGAUGAUAUACCCGCUGAUAAAGAGUUGGUUCUCGCCGCUAUGCAGGCUAGCAAUAUGUCCUGGGUUGAGGAGCAUCUGUCACACUGGAAGGUGAAUAUCUAUCGUGCAGAUGCGAAACACGAAGACGGUGGCUUGACCGUCCCGGUAAAUAAAGGCAAUGAAGCUAUGGUAUAUCUGACCUAUAUUAUCGAUCGUUACUGGUCCCUUCCUGAAGUAUCAGUCUUCCUCCACGGCGGCCGCUACCAAUGGCAUGUCGAUAACCCGCUCUACGACUCCGUCAUCUCCAUCUCCCACCUCAACCUCGCCUUCGUCCAAGAGGCUGGCUAUGUGAAUUUGCGCUGCGCCUGGACCGUCGGCUGUCCCACCGAACUAGAGCCCGCUCGCUAUCUCCGAGAGAGACCAGAAGACCACGGACAUCCCACCGCGGUCGAGUAUCCCGAUCGGUUUAUGGAGUUGUUUCCGCGCGCUGAAGUCCCAGAGAUUGUUGGGACACCGUGUUGUAGUCAGUUUGCUUUGUCCAAGAAGAAGAUUCACGAGCAGAGUCUGGAGCACUAUGUUCGUUUGCAGCGGUGGUUGAUGGAGACGAAUUUGGACGCCGGCAUCAGUGGGCGUAUUCUGGAGUAUUCAUGGCAUAUGAUCUUUGGAAAACCGGCUCAGUAUUGUCUCGACCAACGCAAAUGUUAUUGCCAGACAUACGGUUAUUGUAAUAUGACCGACAGCGAAAUCCAGAAGCAGUGGGUAUGGCGCGGUUUACAGCUGCCAAAAGGAUGGCCAGGACAGAACCAAACCGCGGAAUAG